AUGAGGAUUAAGUUGGUCAGUGAGGGGUUUACGAUCCAUGCGUGUAGUGUGUAUGCACCGCAGGUGGGCUUGGAUGAGGAGGUGAAAGCAAGAUUUUGGGAGGCUUUGGACGAGGUAGUGAAAAGCGUUCCUAGCUCAGAGAAGAUUGUCAUAGCGGGGGACUUCAAUGGGUACUUUGGGGAUUUAUCGAGAGGUUAUAAUGAUGUACAUGGAGGUUUUGGUUUCGGCGAUAGAAAUAGUGAGGGGGUUGAUCUGUUGGAUUUUGCGAGGGCAUUUGGGUUGAUGGUUGUGAAUUUAAGCUUUCCGAAGUAG